AUGGUGGUGGUGGUGGGGGUGAGCAGGGGGGCGUUGAGCGGUUCUGUGGGUGGGAUGGGAGGCAAGGGUGGGAAGGGGAUAACAGGCACUCAUAGAUUGAGGAUCGGGUCGUGGAACAUAGGCACACUGAUGGGUAAGUCCAUUGAGUUGGCGAAGAUUCUUCAGAAGAGGAGGGUCAGCAUAGCUUGUGUACAGGAGACUAGGUGGGUAGGGUUGAAGGCGAGGAAUGUAGACGAGUUUAAGCUGUGGUAUUCUUGGGUUGUGAGGGGUAAGAAUGGAGUGGGAAUCUUGGUGGAUAGGGAUCUUAGGGAGUCCGUGGUUGAGUUUAGGCGAGUGAAUGAUAGCGCUUACGCGCCGCAAGCAGGCCUGGAUGAGGAGGUUAAGAGGCGCUUUUGGGAGGGCUUGGACGAGUUGGUGAGUAGUAUUCCCCACUCUGAGAAGUUAGUUGUUAGAGGGGACUUUAAUGGCCAUAUUGGGGCUGCUGCUGGUGGUUAUGGCGAGGUGCAUGGUGGCUUUGGCCUUGGGGUUAGGAACGGAGGAGGCACUUCGCUGCUUGAUUUCGCCACGGCUUUCGAGCUUUUGAUUGCGAACUCGUCAUUUCCAAAGAGGGAGGAGCACUUGGUUACUUUCAAAAGUUCGGCGGCGAGGACUCAGAUUGAUUACCUCCUCCUCAGAAGGAGCGAUAGAGGUGUGGUCCCAAUUGGAUAUUUAUGUGGGCCGAAUGUUGUUGAAGAAAGAAACAACACAAUUAAUAAUCCAUCUAGGGCAAUAAUAGAAGAUGGUCCAAACAGUAUAAAUGGACCACAACCUGUUGAAGAGCCUCCACUUGAAGAGUUUGAGACUGUUAUUGGUGGGGAAGGGGCUGCUUCUGGUGGGGAAGAUUUUUCUGGUAAUGUAGAAGAGGAAGUUGAUAGUGUAGAGAAUCUGAAUGGUGGAGAAGGGGCUGAUGAAGAAGAGGUUGCUUUAGAGGUAGCUAGUAGUGAGUCAGAUCUUGAUGAACUUCUUGAGGAGAAUGAUAGAAGCGAUGAGGAGUUCAUUGACUGUUCUGAUACUGGCAGUGAUGAUACUGACGAAGAGGUAGAGUUGGAUUUUCAGCCUGGUGUUGGCCUUCCAAGUAGAAGAAAGAGCACAAAUGUUAGAUAUAACACUGAAUGUGAAGUGGCAAUUUUUGAUUUGGGCAUGAUAUAA